AUUUUACGCGAAGAAAUGGAACUGGUGGGGAGAGCAUUUAUGGUGGGACCUUUAACGAUGAAAACUUUCGUCGCAAGCAUGAUACCGAAGGGCUGUUAUCCAUGGCUAAUCGUGGGCCCAAUACCAACAGUUCACAGUUUUUUAUAACUGUUCGGCCAACACCGCAUUUAGAUGGUAAACAUGUCGUUUUCGGACGUAUUGUCAGCGGUUACGACAUUGUGAAAGCGAUCGAAAGCACGCCAGUAGAUGAUAACGAUCGACCUAUUGGAAUUGUCAUGAUCGCUCAAUGUGGUGAACUAGAGUUGAAAUUACCACCUAAUUACAGAGUCGUACUUAUUCCCAAAGUCAAAGACAAAAGCAAACAGAAGAUUAAGGAAGUCAAUGCAGAAGAUGGACAUUCAGCAUCCGAGAGCGAGUCAGAUUCAGAUGGCAAGCGUCGUAGUAAGAAAAGACAUAGAAAGAAAAAACAUAAAAGACACUCUAAGAAAAAAGAUAGGAGUAGGAAGAGACGCGACGAGAGUGUUUCGCGGAGUCGUUCUCGCAGUCGUAGCACAAGUCCAGAAUAUAAAGAAAAGACGCGAAGGCGCAGUAGAUCAUUGAGUAAAGAACGAUUAACUGUUGGUGUUAGCACAAGGCCAAUCAGUAGUGACAAUAGACGAAGCAAAUCUCGGUUGGAGACCCAGUCACCUCGUAAAUCUCGUUCGAGAGAGUUUUCUGUCUCUCCAGAUGGUCCCCGGUCGCAAAGUCGUUCUAGAUCGCCGUCUGCAUUCCGAGAUCGCUCGAAAUCGCCUAGGGGACGAUCACGAUCGCUGACUCGACGCGAUGUAUCAAAAUCUUCUCGAUCGUCUUCUCGGUCGCGGUCGCCUCAACGGCCAUAUCCAUCAAAAUCAUAUUCGUCACGGGUGGAGUCGGUUUCGAGAUCGCGAUCUCGGCAUCGUUCACGAUCGGGAAGUAGAACGCCUCCGAGAAGACGUUCUAGCUACAAAUUAUUAGACAGUUAUCGACCUUCACAAAGUUAUGUUCCACAUUACCGUGACGAUAGACGGGUUAGGGAUAGGGAUUAUGAUCGCGACCGCCGAAAAAAUUAUAACGAUCGUGAUAUUGAUUAUCAGAAUAAUGGACGAGAUAAUGGAACACGCUCUAGUACGCAAAGAGAGAAUGAGCGAGUGAGUUCUAGCGAGAGUAGCGACAGAGAGGAGCGUCGGAACAGAGAAGAUCGUGGUCCUGAAAGACACACGCAGGAAGGUGAUCAGGAUUACAGAGAUCGAGGCCGUAGAUAUAGCAAUAAUGAUGAUGGCAAUAAGAAAGGAAAGGAAUAUGACCGAAAACGAUCGAUGUCUAGGUCACCUCCGGUUAAAUACAAAGGCCGCGGAAGAAUGGCGAGUAAUUAA